UUUGUUCACUGAUGAAGCUCAAGGAAGUUUUUACAAAAUAUUUACAGGACCAUGUCAAAAAGUUGAAGCGUGAAUUGGAGGGCUGGAGGGAAAUCAUUCUGCAGCUCCACUCUCCGUGCUGUUAUGGGAGAACCAGUGGUAACCCAGGGCUGGUGGCGGGAGUCUCCACAGCUAUCUUCACAUUGCUAUGGCUGCUGGAGCCAUCUCUGCUGACAACGGUGAGUUUCAUCGGUCUUCUGGUUACACUGCUGGACUACUUGGUGCCGACCGUGUGUGCCGGACUGUACCGGCCUGAAAACUGGACUGGGGCCAAGGAGAAGCAGUUCGAAGAGAUCUGCCGUACCCUGGCUCUGUGUUACUCUGCUGCCAGUCAUCAGCUGCAAGCCUUCAAAGAACUCAAAGUGACCAGCCCCAAACUGUAUUACUCUGUGACCAUCACGUCUCUGGCAGUACUGGCUUAUAUUGGCAACAAAGUGGACAAUUUAUUUCUCUCCUACAUUCUGGGUGAGUCACAACAGUUUAAAAUAAAUGGUGUCAAAAUACGGUACAAACUUAGUUCCUUUAUGUACUAGACACUACAAAUACAU